AGACAGCGCCAUUCUGUUAUAUUUAUAGUCUACUGAAUAAAUGACAAAAAAAGUUUGUCAGUUUAAAUUACAAAAAAAUUAACGAUGAAAGUGCCUGUCGAGUCGAUAUAAACGAAAACAGAGAGAAGAACCCCUUUUGAAACAGGAGGUCGAGCCCGAAAAAAAUUGAUUUUCCCUUGAACCCAAAGGCUUUGAAAAGGUUACAAACUCGGCUCGACUGUCAGCUCAGCUGUUGACACCCUCGGUUGAAAUAGUUUUUGUCUAUUUAUUAUGUAAUUUAUGAGGACGUCUCCUCGGAAUUAUGCUCGCCGGGGACAGGUGGAUCGCCGCCGAGAGGAUUUACCAGGAGUCGGUGACCUAGGGGGAAAAUGGCCAGAGAACGACCCUAGAUUUCCCCAAGAGACCAACCACCGAAAACACUUAGAGGAUGACUAGAUUUCACUAAGGAUGGGAGGGACUGUGAGUCACUUCUUUCAAUCUGGAAGUGCUCUCCUCUCGGCUGGAAACCACAGGGGCUGCUCUGAGAGGACAAGAGAAAAGAUCCUCUCCGUCUUCGGAGCUCUGCGGGCCAAUCCGAAAGUAACCGCACACCGCCUAGACUGUUUCCUAUCUGAUAUCAAUAAAAGUGAAAAUAUACUUCUGGUUCAAAAUGAAGAAGGCUACAACCUUCUACAGCAAUGUGUCGGUAUCAACAAUGUCGACAUGGUUAGAUGGAUCCUUUCGAGAAAUACCGACCUCAACCGUGGACCUUGCUCGUUUCCUCUACACAUCGCUUGUUUAAAAGGGUAUGAAGAAUGUGUUGAAUUGCUUUUAAAGCAUGGAGCUAGGAUUGACGUUGAUGCAAGAAUGUGCUGGCCUGGUCCGCAUAACCCUGCAUGUGAGGAAAGGGGAAAGUAUGGGGUACCUGUUGACCGGGCAUUCCGCUCAAGUGAAAAACUUCAAAGUGCCAUUUGUUAUGCUAUUGAUGGAGAUCAGGUCGAUAUACUUGAACUCCUGAUGCAGCAAGGGGAAGAUCAUUGGCUGCCAUGGCAGCAGAAAAGGCCUCUGCUCUACAUGGCGUGUGAGCGAGGUGCAUGGAACUGUGUUAAAUAUCUUGUUUCAGAACGAUCUGAUGAGAUCAACCAGUGCUGUGAUGAGUAUUAUCCUAUCCACCAAGCUGCCCUACGGCCUAUUAAGUUCUUAGAGUUAUUAAUAGGAUGUGGUGCUAGUACGAGCGUUUGUACGACCACGACUCAAAUGACUGUCUUGCAUUUGGUGUUUCUGAUUGGGAAAAAGAGUGCAGAAGAGACCUUACAGACAUGCAAACUCCUCCUGGACCACGGCCUCAGGGAAAAAAUAAACGAGCCCGAUUCUCUUGGCAAUACGCCUUUGCACGGCCUCAUAGUCAGAUACGCUUUGGAGGAGGCGAGGUACAGCUAUGACUCGGAUAACCAACCCUGGAACAAAUGGGACGUCCUUCAUUUGGUAAGGUAUUUGUUACAAAAUGGAGCAAGACCUUCAAUAAACCAGCCUGGGAAUAGUGCUUUGGCAUGUGUUUUGAGGCAUGUCAGAGACUGGGAGUUUCGGUAUGAGCUUUUAAACAUGCUCCUGCAAGAAGGCGGAGAUCCGAAUGUGGUUGGAAGAGACGGUAGCGUGCCUUUGAUGGUCUGCUUGGUACCUUUAAUUAACAAAGAUCCCCUUCACCAUUUCACUCACACAAUGAAGGUUUGUUAUUUAAACUGUGUUAGGAUCCUCCUGAAAAAGGGGGCAAAUCCGAACUGUGCCUCCAGGAGCAAUUUGACCCCUCUGCACGUUCUGAUGUUCUCUGCGAAUGAAAACAUGAACCUGGGCAGGGACGUGGAACAGAACAUGGAAUUUAUAAGGAGCCUACUCGUCCUCCUGUUACAGUUUGGUCUCCAGACCAACAUACACAUCUCGAGCAGAACCCAGCACAUCCUUCAGGCAAUGCUUGACAUGGUGUCUUCUUCUCGCAACCCCCAAGAUAUGCAACACGUUUACAAUUUUACGCUGACCUUCCUUCAGUAUGGGGCUAACCCUGAUAAUUGCAUACCGUUGCCUUCUUCAACUUGCGAAACUUCAGUCGCUUCUACGAUAUACUUGCGUUCGGCUGGCUCGCACCCGGUGCUGUACCACUAUGUCAUCCUCGUAUCAAGGAAGGACGACUUGAUUCUUGACCCUCAGCAGCGCUUCGCGUCUGUCAUCUGGCUCUAUGCACUCGCCAUGGGCCACAAAGAGCUUUACUCGACCCUGAGCGCUCUUCUGCGUGCCCAGGAAGCCGGCGUCAUCCCAGUCCGGGCGACAGCUCUCACCAGUCUACUCAAAGAGCUCAACACAAGGCCACGCACGCUUAAGCAGAUUGUGAGGACUGUCAUUUACAAGUCUAUGGGUCGCUCACCCGGUCUAUGGGUUAGUAAACUCCCCCUUCCAAACACAUUGAAAGAAUAUUUGUUAAAUUUUGAACCUUAAAUAGCCAUUUAUUACAAAAUAAAGAUCUCAUUAUUGUUAAUUUAGUUAUGUUUUGUUUCAUACUUUAUUUUCUGACAACCUAUCACUUUUUUUUAAUUAAUUUAACCAAAGAUUUUUUUUUAAACUUUCAUGUCUGAUAUGGCUUAUAAUUUUUAAAAUUUAAACAAUGGGGGAGUGGCAAGCUCUUGUAAAUGGGAAGCUUCUAAGGCAUUCUUAUUUUUUUAGCCUGCUCAUUAUCUUCAUAACACUGGAUGUCAUUAACAUAUAAAAAAGAAAAAAAAAGUAUUGCUUAAAAUAAAAAUCGAGAUAAAGUUUAGUUAAAUAUUUAUAUUAAU